AGGUAGACAUUCAUUGCCUGCCCUUGGAAUUGCAUCAGCUUGCUGCACGUGAAGGUUCUAGUACAUUCGUAGUGAUAUAUAUAUAUAUAAACGAUAUAUUCUUCGAAACUAAAAAUGUUGUUGGCUGGUAGAAUUAUCGGCAAAAAGGCAUUCGACUGCACAAGUUUUACAUUUAAUGUAGUUGGUAAACAAGAAUUUAGCACGUUAUUGAAAAAGACUGCAUCUUCAACUUGUGUGGGCCAGCAUAAUGACGUACAAAGAAGGCACAAGUCUGAAGGCGUCAAGGGGGCUGUUAUUGGAAUUGAUCUUGGUACAACAAAUUCCUGUGUAGCUGUGAUGGAGGGAAAACAGGCGAAAGUAAUAGAAAAUGCUGAAGGGUCAAGGACAACACCAUCCGUAGUCGCAUUUACAAAAGAUGGAGAGAGACUUGUUGGAAUGCCAGCAAAACGGCAGGCAGUUACAAAUUCUGCCAACACAUUCUACGCAACCAAACGAUUGAUAGGAAGGAGAUUUAACGAUUCAGAAGUAAAAAAAGACAUGAAAACUCUGUCAUACAAGAUAGUUCAAGCUUCAAAUGGAGAUGCAUGGGUAGAAGGCACAGAUAAGAAGAUGUAUUCACCUAGUCAGAUUGGUGCUUUUGUACUGAUGAAGAUGAAAGAAACUGCUGAAGCAUACUUGGGUACUGCUAUAAAAAAUGCUGUAGUUACUGUUCCAGCAUACUUCAAUGACUCCCAGAGACAGGCUACAAAAGAUGCAGGUCAGAUUGCAGGACUUAAUGUUUUGCGUGUGAUUAAUGAACCUACUGCUGCAGCUUUAGCCUAUGGCAUGGAUAAAACAGAAGAUAAAGUUAUCGCUGUUUAUGAUCUUGGUGGCGGCACAUUUGAUAUUUCAGUCUUGGAAAUUCAGAAGGGUGUAUUUGAGGUAAAAUCAACAAACGGAGAUACAUUCUUGGGCGGUGAAGACUUUGAUAAUACUUUGGUUAACUUCCUUGCAUCAGAAUUUAAGAAGGAACAAGGUAUUGAUGUAGCCAAGGAUCCGAUGGCUAUGCAGCGAUUGAAGGAAGCCGCUGAGAAGGCAAAAAUCGAACUUUCUUCUUCGCUUCAGACUGACAUCAAUUUACCCUAUCUUACAAUGGAUUCAUCUGGACCAAAACAUAUGAAUCUCAAACUUACUCGCUCCAAGUUUGAAAGCUUGGUUGGUGAACUGAUUAAAAAGACAAUAUCACCAUGUCAAAAAGCACUUUCAGAUGCUGAAGUUAGCAAGUCUGAUAUUGGGGAUGUCCUAUUGGUUGGAGGCAUGACCAGGAUGCCCAAAGUACAGUCUACUGUCCAAGAAAUCUUUGGCCGUCAGCCAAGUCGAUCAGUAAAUCCUGAUGAGGCCGUGGCUGUUGGGGCAGCAAUUCAGGGUGGUGUUUUGGCAGGUGAUGUCACUGAUGUGCUAUUACUAGAUGUUACCCCACUCUCCCUGGGUAUUGAAACUCUUGGGGGUGUGUUUACAAGACUCAUCACAAGGAACACCACGAUUCCCACAAAGAAAAGUCAAGUGUUCUCUACAGCUGCAGAUGGACAGACACAGGUUGAAAUCAGAGUACACCAAGGUGAACGUGAAAUGGCUAGUGACAAUAAACUUUUAGGACAGUUUACAUUGGUAGGAAUCCCUCCUGCACCACGGGGUGUUCCCCAGAUUGAGGUGACAUUUGACAUUGAUGCUAAUGGAAUUGUUCAUGUUUCUGCUCGGGACAAGGGAACAGGCAAAGAACAGCAAAUUGUAAUUCAGUCUUCUGGUGGUUUGAGUAAGGAUGAAAUUGAAAACAUGGUACGCAAGGCAGAAACAUAUGCAGCUCAGGAUAAGGUGAAGAAGGAACGUGUGGAGGCAGUAAAUCAGGCUGAAGGUAUCAUUCAUGAUACAGAGUCAAAAAUGAAUGAAUUUAAGGAUCAGCUACCCAAAGAAGAGUGUGAUAAAUUGCAAGAACAAAUAGCACAGGUACGAGAGGUUGUGUCCAAGAAGGAUGAGACUAGCCCUGAGGAAAUUCGCAAGUUGACCGAUGCAUUACAGCAGGCAUCAUUGAAGUUGUUUGAGAUGGCAUACAAGAAGAUGGCAGCAGAACGAGAGAGUAGUUCCGGAAGUAGCAGCGAUUCCUCAGGCCAGACAAGUGAAGAAAAACAAGAGAAGAAAGAAGAAAAGAACUAAGAGACUGGUUUGUAAUGUGUGAAUGUUUGAGCCACAGGGAAACCAUAAUUUCUCUGUCUGAAAUUAUAUUAAAAUUUUCUGCUGAUAAUUUAGCAAGUAUUUAGUGCUAGUGACAAACAUUUAAAAUGUUUUAAGUGCAUUAAAUAAAUAUCUGCAUUGACUGUAAAUGUUUCAUGCCAGUAUCUUAACAAACACAACUUGUUUCAGAAAGGAACGGUAUUGAGCAGCAAUCUGCAGAUUGGUUUAAUAUGAAAAAUGAUACUAUCAUGAUCUGACAUCUUGUUUUGUGUGAAUCAUAAUGAACUGUAAAUCUUUUGAAUGUCAAAAGCAUUCUCGCAGCCAGAACAUGUUUAGUUGCUCUGACGUAAUUUAAGCACAAUCAUUGCAGCAUGUACAAAGUUGGCAGAUGUAUAUUAUAAUUUCAGUUAGGAUCAGUUGGAGGAAUGAAUGUGAUGAGAAAUAUAUGGAUGAAACGCUGUAUUUUGAUGAUGUAGAGCUACUACUAUGGUCAUUUAGUGAUUGUAGUAACAGCUACUUUCAAUUCCGUACUUGGUUAAAAAUGACCUGUUAAUCUCAUUUGUUUCAAUUUAUGUUGUGUAAUAUUUUUAGGUAAGUAAAAAAUAACAUAUUAAUAUUCUGUUGAUAUUGUUAUAUAGUUUUUACUUUGUCUUCAUUAUGCUAGUAGGUUGACAGCAACAAAAUGGCUGUCUUGCAUUUGGGGUAUACCUGGUCCAAGUCCUAGCCUACAGCUACCUGUGCUUUGUCUUUCAGAAAAAUGUUUGGACACUAGAAAGAAGACCGUGUCAGCUUCCUCUUAAAUUGUUCGUGAUCGAUCAUUCAUAGUCAUUUGUUCUUGAAUCAUGUUUCAUGCUACAUAUCCUCAGUACAUUAUGUGAUGGCAAGUGGUGGUAAUAAUUUUGUCGUCUCUGUCAUUAAAAUGGUGGCACUACCGUUUGCACUACAUUCAGUUAAAGGUGUGGAUUUAAUUGUUAUAUGCUGCUAUGGCUGGGAUAGUUCCUUAAAGUUUUCCAUGACUGCCUCCUAUACACAUCCUUUCCAAUGCACUAUCAUCCUCGUUCGGCGCUAUAUAGUCUGAGUUACUGAAAAAGUGUUGUUAUAUAAAAUAUAAACAAAUAAAUAUACUGCUGUGUGGAAACUGAACACAGAAAGAAAAUACUGUUCACUCAUCCAUAGCCUCCUACACACAUGUACUUCUAUAUAGCACAGCAAACGGCUAUUUUAAAACUCGGAAUAAUUUUUCUAUUAAAUUAUUUCUCCUUCCCUGUAUUAGGUUAUUCUGGAUUUCUCUACUUUUAAUUGAUGUGGGGAAGAAAACUGUGCCAUUAAAUCAAUUGAAUUGGUAAUUUGUUAAACCACGAGCCCACAAAAUUCACUUCUGUGAAAACUAAAAAAACAUUUAUUUUAUGGAGGAUUUAUUUGUCCCCAAGAGUAAUUGGCAAGUGUGAUUUAUAUAUAUGUAUGUAUGUACAUAAGGUUCACCAUGUUGCAUAUAGUGUGGUGCUAAUUUUUGACUCUUGUUAUUAAACCUCCACAUCAUGAAGGAACAUUGCAUGACUCAUGGUUGUGUAGUAUUGCAGUGCUGGGGUGUCCAGUUUAAGUCCUUGUGGGUUUCUUUAUGGUCAAAGUGAAUUUAGGAAGGGGCCCCCCCCUCCAAGGGAGACUUCUGUUUUGUUUGUCAGUCAUUCCACUUCUUCCUGCCUAACCACUUAACUAUACCACCUUUGCAUAUAAGGUUGCUAAAUAUGAAAAUGAUCAGUAAAUAAAUACAUAUGAAAAUA